CAAUUGGUUUUGCUUGUAUUUGUUGUUAUAAAUCACUCAUAUUUUAUUUUUUUAUUUAUAUUUCUAGGAAGUUGCAAAGAAAUUUAUGACUCUCGUUGGAACAAAACAGGGGUAUUUGAAUCGAAUCAGCUGUUCACAUCAAAUGUCAGAUUGGCCAAUGUAAACAAUCUAGUGCCGUUACACAACACAGGGCGUAUCGAAUGUAUUUAUGAAUUUUAUGCCAGUGGUGAUGAACGUGUUCAAAUUAAAUUUCUCGACUUUAAUAUACCCACCGAACAUAAAAAUUCAUCAGAAUGUAAACCAAAUGAUUCUUUGCAAUUGCUGACACAAGUUAAAGGAAAGUAUGAGCCGGUUGAUUUUUAUUGUGGGGCAUUUUUACCUAAGCCCAUAAUGUCAAAAGGGCCUAAACUAAUGUUACAAUUUAUUGGUAAAUAUCCUACAAAUCAACAAAAAGUUGGAUACUACGGUUUCAAAGCGGAAUACAAGUUUUUAACAAAUUAUGGUAUAACUACUGGCUAUCAGUUGGGUCACAAUUGCAGUUUUAUUUACAAUAGUACAACAAAGAAAACAGGAUUUUUUACUUCGCCAAAUUUUCCAGGUCUUUAUCCGCAAAACAUUGCUUGUCACUAUCUUUUUUAUGCUGAAUUUGAGGAAAAAGUCAAGAUUAAUUUUAGUUUUUUCGAUGUGGAGGGUAUAGACAGUUGCGGUUAUCUAACAGCCAGUGAUUAUGUUGAAUUUUCAAAUUUUAUCAGUACGGAUCGUAAAUUUCCAAAAUAUUGUGGCAAACGUGAUAAAUUUGAAAUACGUUCAGAUGAUCGUUUCUUCAGAGUGUCAUUCUAUACAAACGAUCGCUUCGAUCGUAAUGGUUUUCGUGCGUAUUAUGAGUUUGAAGGCAAAUCAACGCCUUCUGAAAAUACUUCGGUACAAAGUUAUACAUCAAUUUUAUCCAAUGGAUCAAAUCACGAAACACCUAUUCAUUUUGUAAAGUUUUUAUUAAUAUUAUUAUAUCCUUUUCAUAUGAUUUUUAUGUGAAAUUGUGUUUAGUUAAA